AUUAAAUGUCUAGAUCUGAAGUAUAAAUUGGAAGAUAUACUUUGAACAAGAAAAAUAUGAUCGGAAAAGGAUCAUUUGGUUUAGUUUAUACUGCUACUUGUGAUGGGGAAGAAUUCUGUGCUAAAGUAAUCUUCAAUUUAACAAUAGUAAAUAUUGUCAAAUGGAGCAUAAAAGAAGUUUACGGAUAGAGAAAUAGAAAUUUUAAGAAUGCUUAGAAGUUCCCCUAUUUAGAACCCAAAUAUUGUUCACAUAAUUGAUGUGAUUUAAAACGAAAGAGAUUCUGAAGUUUAUGUAAUUAUGGAAUAUUGCAGGGGAGGUGAUUUGAAGAAAGAAAUGGAAUAAAAGAAAAAGCGUAAUGAGUGGUAUACUCAUUAAGAAAGCUUAAAUAUUGUGGCUCAGAUUAUCAAAGGCUAUAAGAGCCUUUAUGAUAUCGAUUUUAUACACAGAGACAUCAAGCCAGCGAACAUUCUUAUUUCAAGUGGAUUUUAUAAGGUAUUUUCUGUGGUUAUUUCAAAGUUAGCAGACUUUGGAAUGGGCAAAUUCAUAAAUCAUUCCUAAUCUACAAAUAUUGGAACUCCUGCCUAUUCCGCCCCUUAAAUCUUCUUUGAUUCUAAAUACACUAAUAAAUGUGACGUUUACUCUGUAAAUAAUGUGUUAAUUAGUUAGCUAGGGGUUAUUUUUUAUGAACUAAUUUUUAAGGAAAAACCUAUUAAUGUAAAAACUUCAGCAGAAUAGAUUACUUUAUUGAGAAAAACUUAGGAAAAUAAAAUUACAUGUCCAAGGGAUGAAAAUGUAAAUAGCUUUUAAAAUAAUAGUUGGAUAUUCGGGUCUGUGUUCUAAUAGAAUAAAUGCUUACUUAUGAAGAAAAACAGAGAAUUAGUUGGAAUGAUUUGUUUAGUCAUCCGUUAUUUAAUGGAUAAUAAGUACUGUAAUCAGCCCAUUUCAGGAGAUCCUCAUUAUUAGUGUCAAAAUAAUAUGUAAAAUUCUAAAAGAGGCCUAAUACUCCAUAUUAUCAUUUUUCAAUAAAAUUUUAUAAUACUUUGGAAGAAGCAUAAAAUCUUAAUGGCCUGAAACAUCUUGCUGAAAUAAUCAUGUCAAAAGGGGAUGUUGCAUAUGAUUUGGCUCUAGUACUUUCAGAUCAACAAAGUAGUAUGUCAGAAAAUCAAUUAUAAAUUUUAUUAUUCUGUCUUUUAAGCUACAAAUACUUUGCUUGCAUCAAUACUAUGGGGAUGUGUACAAACUAGGCAAAUUAUUGUCAUAGUUCCCUCAUCAAAAUAUUUCCCCAAUUUAAUGAACUUACCUAGGAGUGCUCCAAUACUUAAGAUUGUGAACUUAUAAGAGGAAUCAUAGUGUCAUAAUUGGGACACAUAAACACUUAUUAUAGAGUAAAGUUAUGAAUAAAAUGUAGGACGCAUAACAAUUUGUAUCAGAGAUUCCUGAACUUUAAGAGUAGUAUCCAGAAUUCUAUUUAAAAGUUAGUGAGAAAGAUAACGAUUAGAAUAAUUAUUCAAGCUAUUUGGCUUGGUUUGAAUUCUUUUUCAAUAAAUGGUUUGAUAAUGCGAUAUUUCCAAACUAAAACUAAAUCAACAAAGUACUUUCUUUAGAAACAGCAUUCCCACUUGAAAAAUUUUGGGCCAAAUCCCCUUCUUAGAUCAUUAGAAUUAGAACAAAUAGUUUAUGA